AUGGCCAUGAACUCCAUCUCAUUAUAUUUUCACCUACACCACUCCCUCAGCAGGUUCUACAAAGAACAAGCGCCAUCAUUACCAUCUUCUGUUCUAGAGGGAGACAUUCCCGGUAACGCGUUCCCACGCACGCCAUCAAAAGUACAGGCCCACGACCUGCCACCAACUUCUGUUGCGACUGAUUCGAGAACGAAUUCUAAGAAUAGGUCUGCAGACCGAGAGGUUACUCACGCAACUCAGAACAUUAUUCAAAAAAGAGCCGAUGGCAGACUUCCAAUGAGUUCAGUGGCUACUGCUAGCAAUAACGAGGGUACGUCGCCGAAUACGCACAUCAGUGAAGGGAAUGGCAAGGCGCCGAGGGGAAAGGCAAAGCAGAACACCGUUACUGAGGACAGGCAAGGGCACGAUUUUGAGCCAUAUAUCUGGGGUUUAUAUUAA